CGUGGCGCACCUGGCUUCUCGACCCCUCUCUCUCUCUCAUUCAUUUCGUUGACUCAUUUGGGGAAUCUAUGAACUGUUCGAGAAGAGGAGAAGGGGAGAAGAGGAAGAGGCGGUCUUCAAUUUGUGAACUGACUUCUCUUUUGUCUCUGCAAAGACAUGGCGGAAAAAGGUCGGCCAUUGCCCAAGUUUGGCGAAUGGGAUGUCAAUGACCCAGCAUCAGCUGAGGGAUUCACAGUAAUUUUCAACAAGGCUAGGAAUGAGAAAAAGACUGGAGGCAAUACUGAAUCACCUACAAAGGAGGUAACUGCGUUUAAGCCUGGAACAACUCUUGGAAAACCUCAGUCUGGACUCAGCUAUGCUUCAUCUUGGGGACUGACCUUGGGCUUCCCCCCUUAAGUUAAUUCAUCGAGAGAAUAAUACACUAAAUUUUAAUAAGCUACUGCAGGCAAUUGUGUUGUAAUCUUUCUUAAAAAUGAAAUGUCAUGUGAAUCAAUUUAUUAACACUUUUGUGAGGGUUCCACAGUAUCCUUUGACAGUUGCCUAACUUUGGAUAUGAACAAUAAAAUGUCUACAUAGUAUUUUUGAUUUUGUAAUUGUUCAUAAAUACGCUAAGUAGAGUGGAUAAUAGUAUUUAUUAGGGAAGUUCUGGAGUUCUCAGCAACACUCCGUAAUAACACCCCUCCUACUAAAUUCCUUUUUCACUUUUGCAUCAUUUUUGGACAUAUAACUUAAAGCUAAACUAUAAAAGUUUCUGCAUUCCCAAAUUGCAUGCUUUUACCCCAUAAUGUUGGCAUUUUCCAUACACUGAUGGAUGACCUUACUCUGUGUUUUUGAGUUAACUGGAGCACAGAUUGUUUUAAGGUAUAGUUAUGUUCACGACAACUAAUAUCAUACUCGUCGGGUUGAUUUACCUCCUCUCUAGGCUGCUUGGGGGCACUAUCAGUUUGAAGUUCCAAGAUAAUCUUUUGAAAUGCCAGAAUCACCAAGUCAUCCUAUUUGAGUCUACUUACACAAGAUUUUUGGGAUAAUUUGAGACUACAUGCAUAACCAAUUUCUAUUCAUGAAACAGAUAUAUUUUCUCUCCUUUGAUGUUAUGAAUCCAUUG